AUGAAGAACCAAUUGUUAGAUCACCAAGAAAUUAUAAAUUCAUGUUUUAAACCCCCACAAGAAGCCAUUGAUGAUUUACAGAAGCACAAGGAACUGUUCCCACUUGGCUUUAUAACAUCAGAUUGUUCGGCACUUGUCGACAAAUAUGGAACACUCAAGGUAUAUCAAGCCAUCGAUACCAGUUUAAACGAAACUGGUAUAAGUCAUGCAGAGAUUUUGAGUCAUUAUCCAGAAUAUAUCGAAAAUGAUUCAUUUGAAUGCUUCUCGCUGCAAAUUACUAUUUCAAACAAAGAAACAGGUUAUACUUGUGAAGAAUUGUUAAAAUUAAGGGAGGAAUUGAUAUAUAUCCAUAGAACAUUAGAUUUUACAAUUGUAAAUAAACUCAUGGCUUUUGUUACUUUCGUAGAGGAACCAGUAUAUGAUAAUAAUUCAUUAGAAAUGAUGACAUUAACAAAUUUAAUCAACAAUCUAGACUUAGAUUUCAAUGGCACUGUGGAACAUAUUAAAGUAGAUCAAUUUAAAAAUCGACAAUUAUUAUCAUUCCAAUUACCAAUGUACAUUAGAUCACAAGCAAGAAGUUUAUUCGAAACAAAUUUCUUAAAUAAAAAAGAUAAAAUAGUAAAAGAAUAUGAUCCUGUGAUUCUGUAUACUCAACCUCCGGGUAAAAAGGGACAAUCAGAAAUUAAAGAUUAUGUUUGUUAUUUUAUUGUUGAUCUUUAUUCAGGGCAGAUCCCUAAACGAAGAAUCAUUACUACUACUACUACUACUACCAAAAGAAAAUCAACAAAAACAAAAGCAAAUUCUGGUAAACAAAAAAAUAUACUAGAUAAAUGUACAUCAAAAGUUGUAUCAAGGUGUCGAUUUUGUGCAUAUUGUAGAGCAAUGACUCAUACAAAAUAUCAAUGUCCAUUUAUUAAACCUUGUACUAAAUGUCGUAUAAAAGGUCACAAAACAUCUAGUUGCAAAAACGAUACUUUGACUGCCGAAGAGGAUACAAAAAAUUUGGAAAAGAAACAAUAUUUCCCACCGUUACCAAAUAAAGAGGUUCAAAGGUAUACAGAGAAGGAAUCUAUAAAAUCAAAAACUCUUAAGGAACCCAAAAGAGAGGUGAACAUCUUGUUACUAAAGAAAAACCAGGUUAUAUCUACAUAA